UAAUAAGUAGGUACCUACUAAGUUGUAUUAGGCUAUUGGUUACGUAGUUUAUAUGAGAAAAUUAUUAUUUUAUGGAAAAUUCUAAAAUUAACAUAGAACAGAUACACUACUUACGUUGAUAUUUUAUAAGUGAUAACUGAUACGAUAUUAUUACUCGUUAGAUAUUGAUACAAUAAUAAUAUAGUGCAAAAAGAUUAAUUUUAUAUACGUUUAUAAUAACUGACCUUGUGUAAAAGUAUAACAUCUUACAUUCUUGAGCAUUUAUGUUUAUUGUUUACACCUUGAGGCACCAGGAAACCAGUUGAUUAAGUAUGGACUGGAGGACGGGUUUAAUGGCGCUGACGGUGCUCUGCGCAGUUGAUGGCUUCUCCAAAUACGGGCGAACCUGCAAGGACAUCGGUUGUUUAAGAAACGAAGUAUGUGUCCUGGCUGAGGACCCCUGCUCCUAUGGUCACAGUUCUAACUGCGGAACAUAUCCAACUUGUAAAAAGAAGUCUUUGGUUGAUGGAUCAAAUUCAGAGCCGGACAAACCAGCAACACCUAAACCCGUCCCACAAUCACCAACGAGAGACUUCGAGUCACCGCCUAAUUAUCCAGCGCCCGCACCGCCUCCCUCCAACAACCACGGUGGAUCGCCUUAUAACAGCAAUCCAUACGGUGGCUCCAGUUUCGGAGGUUCAAAUGGAGGCGGUUCUCCUUAUGGAGGAAGCUCUCCCUAUGGUGGUUCAAAUGGAGGAAGUUCGCCUUACGGAGGCAGUUCUCCCUAUGGGGGUUCAAAUGGAGGAAGUUCACCUUAUGGAGGCAGCUCUCCAUAUGGAGGUUCAAAUGGAGGAAGCUCUCCUUAUGGGGGAUCCAAUUUCGGAGGAUCAAAUGGAGGGGGUUCUCCGUAUGGUGGGGGUAGUUCACCAUAUGGAGGCAGUGGCACUCACGGUGGCAGCAGCGGCUUCGGAUCAGGUGGUAAAAGCCCACUUGACAGCAUCUUCAAUACUCUGAACAAGUUCGCGAACGGCCAAGGGGGGCAGGGCACCUCAGGCGGCAGUGGAAGCUUAUCCAACGUCUUUGGAAGUAUCCUCGGUAAUUUAUCCAAAAGCGGAGGCAUUAAUGGACUCUUUAACACGCGACCUAUUAUGGAGAAUCCUAACUACAACUCGUAUAGCUCCAGAAGUUCUAAUUCGCAAACUUAUCCAUCAGGGAACCCCGCUUAUCAGGCGCCCAAUCAGAACAGGAAUUAUGGAAAUAACUAUGCCCAUCGCAGUGGGGGCACCACGAACAAACCAGUUUCGUAUGGUUGGAAUGUCGGUGCGACAGUGAUUUUCACGUACCUGACUCACCUAUACAUCAAGAAUGUGAUACAAUAACAACGAUAUGUGUAUAAUUAAUAUUAUGUGAUGUCUCUCCACUAACAAAUAGUUGUUAAUAAUAAUUAUAUGUGUUAAUAAAUGAAUAUAUGUGCUGUUUUUAACAAAA